UUAUAUUAUUACGGUUUUUGGCAAUGUGGUUGUUCCAGCCCUUUGAAGUGUUAAGAAACACGCUCUACCUGUAUUUCUACAUUUUGAAAUGGACUGCUAUGAUAAACUCUUUUUCUUUCGUUUGAAAUCGGCAAUAUCUUUUCAAGCGCACGCAAUCGAAAUUGUAUUGAGCUGUGAGCGUCGUAUGAAAACGACGCUGUAACCAGCGUCAUUUGUUCAUCGGUGUUUUUACGGCGUCGUCGUUAGAGGUCAUAAGUAAAAAGAUCGUUAAUAAUCAAGAAAUCCUUUAUAUAGGCCUAUUUUAUGAAAUGGACGACGGUUGAAAAAGAGGGGAAAAAUGGGGACGGCACCAAAUUUAGAUAAGUUAUGUCGUAUAUGUACUGAUGAACAAACAGAUAAUAUUCUUAUAUUUAGCGAAGAAGGAAAAAAACUUUAUUUAGAAGCGAAAAUGAAGAAAUAUUUACACAUAGCGGUUUCAGUUGAGGAUAUUUUACCCAAAAUGGUUUGCACAAAUUGUUGCAAGAAAUUGGAUAGUAUACAUCGUUUUGCAUGCAUGGCAGUAAAAAUGCAAGACAAGCUGAAAAUGUUGCUUGAGACUCCAUCUUCAGUGGAAGAAGUAAAAAAGGAACACAGCAUAUUACACUCCAUACUUAGCAAGGGAACAGAGCCUGAGUGUGAGGUUACGGAAGUGGAGGUACGGGUAGAUCCGAUGCUCUUCCUUUGUGCACUGGAGGAAGAUGGUAGCAGUGGUGGUGAAGACACUACUUCUGAUAAUUCAUUCCACCAGACUUCUGCUGCUUUAAAUGACACGGAGCAACAACCACUUCCUCUGCCACCUUCUUCACAAUUAUCAAUUGUCCCACCUGCUUCCCCAGCCAUAGUGGGAAAGGAAAUGAAACCUUAUCGCUGCUCGGUUUGUUCAAGAGGUUUUAACAAUGAGAUUGGAUUACAGAACCAUCUCUGGAGCCAUCUUCCUCCAGGGCGUCGUAUUCUUACAAACACUGACAGCAACAACCAGCUACAAAGACAAUCACCUGUGUAUUCAUCACGAGGAGUGCUACAUACCAACACCAAUCCUGUAACCAAUAGCAACAAUAUGAGAUUUGUAUGUCCUAUCUGUGGUAAGAAAAUCUCAACAAAAGGGAACCUAAAAGUACACCUUGAAACUCACCGACCAAAGGGAAAGUAUGGCUGUGACAUCUGUGGCAGAGUAUUUAAAACGCAGUCUAAUCUGUACCGCCAUAAGGAUUAUCACGGAGGCAUACAGUUCCCUUGUGUUGUAUGUGGGCGAGUGUAUCCCACUAACAGCACACUUCGAGCCCACAGCAUUACUCAUAGUGACCUUAGACCUCAUGCAUGUCCUCUUUGUGACAAGACCUUCAAACGUAACCAGGAUCUGAAGUUUCACAUUAAUCAGCACACUGGUGCACGACCUUACCAGUGUCCAUAUUGUCCUAAAGCAUUUGCCAGCUCGGGAAAUUGUUUCUCACAUCGUAAACGAAUGCAUCCUCAGGAGGUUGAGCGUGACCGAGAGCGAGCCGCACAAAUAAUGCGGUGAGAUGAUGAUAGCUGCUAACAGGAGUUUUUGUUGUGAAAGUAAGGUCUCUUCCCUCUUGUAUCAUAACACAGAUAAUUUUGUCUCAAUAGUUGUGGCUGUCUGGUCAUCUAAAAGUAAGGUUUUACUUUUGGAACCCUAUUGAACACUUUUCAUAAAUAGUAGUUACUAUAGGAUUCUGACGAUGGUGUAUAACACACUGAUAUAUUGGGUUUUUGGACUUCAUCCAUCG